AGAGCAGUUUACUGCCAUGAUGAGCACACGUUAAAGACAUUGACCUCAACAGUUCCGCCUGGAUACCUCUGCCAGGCCAAAAUGCCUGGGCUGACCAUUGCCAAACAAAGCCACAAAUAUUCUCCUGACGCUGACACGAGCCAGACGCUUUGUUUGGAAAACCUGGCCUCGUCCGUCCAUCUUUGUCAGUUAAAAACGAGUGUCUCUCUGCGCGCUUGCUGAUUAGCUCUAUCCCUAAAGUGCAUUUGAUGGACUUCCCUGAAUGAGGUGAUCUCAUCGCUUAAUUACCACUUAAGCACAGUAAAAAGGACACAUCCCCACGCUGGUGUGUUCUGUAGUCUCCUAUCAUCUACUGUAAAAAGAAAAUCUGACAUGGACAGGCAGAGCUGACAAUCACAUUAAAAUUAUGAUGGGAAUAAAAAGAAUUUAAGAUGAUACAAAGAGCUAAUUCAGAUGUCACGGCACAGGAAUGCGACUCCCCAGAAUGUUUUUAUUUUUAAAUGUUCAGCUUUGUUACCUGGAAACCUAGUCCUGAACAAGGAUAAUAUUGUCAAUGCGUCCGCUUCCACUUUACCCAUCUAUUUUGAGGACCAUUACACCAACGGAGAACAUUACUGUGGUUUUCCCUGUCAUUAACUGGCAUUUAAUUUCGUAUACCCGAUGCCCCCUCAAUUCUCAUUCAUUGCCAGACUUUUUUUCUGCAGGAGAGGGCAUAUUGGGGGCAGUACUUCUCCCCUUUGUUCUUUAGCUCACUCCUUAAGAUUCAGACUUUGCUGUAUGAAUGUGCACGUAACUGGAAAUGGGACAAUGACUGAAUGCGCCUGGUUAUUCUAAUACAAAACAUAAAUUACAUUAAUGGGGGAUAACGGAUGAAAGCAAUAUAGUGUGGAACACAUGCACAUUUAAACACAAUACAGACUAGACUAGCAUCAUCUUUUUAGGGUAAAUACACGAAACAGCCUAGCCUGCCUAGCACCACGUCCAAACCCGCAAUCGCUUGACCCGACUCUGCCCUUAUUCCUUACAUCACUGAACUACUCAGAAAAUGGAAAAUACAGACAAAAGCACCGCCAUGAGCAUAUCUAGAGCACUUUAACACAGCACAGACACAUAAUAUCAAUUAAGGUAUUGCACAAAAAGUUUUCUAUAUACUUAUAUAUGGAAACUGAGUAACUAAGUUGGCUUUAAAAUCCAAUUAAAACACGAAUGGCAAACUUAAUCAACUUGAUUUCGUUUCCUGUGAUGGGAAACGUAUCUACUUUUCUCCCAUUUUUUUCCCCUUUUGUCAGUGUCCACCUCUCGUAGUAGUUAGACGACAGGGAGUGGUGGAGAUGAGGAGAGACCGCAGUGAGGAAAAGGCGAAGGAUUGAAGGGAAAUUGAUGCAGCCUUCUGGGAAGGUGCGGGGUAAAGGAGGGGGGACAGGGCUCUGGGGAAUGACAUCAUGGGAGUGACUGGGUGGGCGAGAGCGAGGCUCGCUCUCACCUGCGCUACAAAUAGCUGCAUGCGAGCAGCUUGUCCCCACACACCUGGCCACACCUGGACUGAACCCGCUGCAUACUGACAGGCCACCGUACCCAUGUCUCCUAGUAAAAUCGUGACGCCUGGCCUUCUCCUCCUGGUGUUGCCUCUCUUCUUCCUGAUGCUGCUGGCACCCAUGGGCUGGAGCUAUGAUGGACUGAGUCCAGGCUGCCAUCUCUAUCCAUUCAAUGUGACGAUCCGCAGUGACCGGCGGGGGACGUGUCGAGGGACCCACAUGGUGUACGCCUGCGUGGGUUACUGCGAGUCCAGUGCCUUCCCCUCACGCUACGCAGUGCUGGUGGCCUCCAACUUCACCCACAACAUCACCUCUGCUUCACGCUGCUGCGCCAUCAGCAAGGACACCAAGGUCAGGGUGCGCCUGGACUGCCCUCACGGCCAUCACCAUGACGACAUCGAGAUCCUGAGUGCACGGGCCUGUCGCUGUGACAUGUGCCGCAAGUCACGCUACUGACACUUACAGCUGACACCGUGUCACUCUGUCACCCUACGUGACAUCGGCGGGCAAAGCAAAAGCAGACACCAAACCCCAACAACCUGCGCUAGUGGGUCUUCUUCCCUGCCAAGAUAAUGUCUACACAGGUUUUCACUCACGUUAGUGCUACGUUGAACUAAUUAACUGCCUAGCUUUAUAAACUUAGCCUUCUCAUUACAUACUGACAGUCAGGCACGGUUUAGUAUGAAAAGGUCCUGAAAAAUGUGUAGAUGCAGCAUUUGCAGGAUUCUGUACAAGGAUAGAGUGAGACACAGAGGACAGGGUGAGCUAAUAUAAAAAGCAAGAUUACAUUUUUUUUUAUUCAUGUUAAUUCAGUUUUUUUGUAACAGUGCAUAUGUGUGAAUACAUAUACAGAACAGCCAUCCCAUAAGAGCUUUGGUGUUACACACUGAGCUGGGCGUGCAGGUGCCUCUGGCUACCAGAGCAUCAGAGAUACCCAGCAGACACGCCAUGUCUGCCCUGUUCUCCCAACUCUGCUGUCCAUCUCAUUCCACUGCCCGAUGUCAUCAGUGACGGAAGAAUGUGUGCACUUUACAUUUAUAAGCGUAACAUUUUGAGGACUCUUAAGUGCCAAAGAUAUGCUGUUAACCGAAAUGAGAGUCAAAUCUAGAUCUUUGAUAGGCACAAGAGAUGGGACUGAUCAGUGGGGCUACACACUGUAAUUGGGAGUUUGCAGGACUCUCUGCUGCCCUCUAUGUGUGCUGUAAUCACUGCACUGUGUAAAAUAAAAGCUUAUUUGUCA